AUGGAUGAACCAUGCGAUGAAGAUAUCAUCACCAAGAUAAAAAAAUCCAGAAGGGCGAACAUUGUUGUUACUGUUACACCUGAGAAUUCUGACACAGAUGAAGAGCCAUUAAAUGAAGAAGAGGCAAAAGAGAUGACAUUGACCAAUCCAAUGCCCAGGUUCUCGAUUUCAAUAUUCAUCAGGAUGCAUCCAAAGCUCCAGCUCCGAUCAUUGUGCAACUUCACAUAUGAACAGUUGGAAUACCUCGCUGACAUUAUUGAAUCCAACUGUGGAAGGGCCAGAAGAGGAAGGAAGGUCAAAUUUUCAACAAUCGAGUCUCUCUUCCUCACGCUCACAUAUUACUGCACAUACUUGCCCUAUUCAGCAUUAUGUCCGUUGCUACAUAUUUCCCAGUCAUGCUAUUCCAAAUUAGUUACAAGAACUACCAAUGUUGCAUUUCCAAUCUUUGCGAGCUAUUUUCUUCCCAAUCACUGUCCACCGUUGACUUCAAUGAAGAACAAAUUUACAAACUUCCCUGAUGCUGUUGCAGCUGUAGACAGCACUACAAUUCCUUUCAACAUUCCUUCGGUAAAGGAAGAGAGGCUUUAUAGUUGGGAUGAAAAAAACCACUGCAUUGGUAUUAAGCUCCAAGUCCUCGUGUCACCAGAUGGAAAAGCCAUACAUCAAAUCGUUGAGUUUAUGGCUGCAGUCCAUGACAAGAAGAUUUUCGAUUUGUCAAAAGUCUCGGAUUUUUUGACAGUAAAGCGAGGAUUUGAUGAUUACCAAUAUCCUGCAUGA